AUGAACAGAAACACUCUUGCAGACAAGCUUGGCCACAGCCUCACUCGCGGCAUCUUUUUCACAACUCGAAAAUGGAAGACCAUCAUGCUAAGCUACAUCUUCAUCGCCACCGUCGGCAGUACACUUCUCUACCUACACAAUCCCAACGAACAGGAACCCUCUCAUCUCACGACCCGAAGUUGGGGUGGGUUCGACGAACGCCCACUUACAAACAAGUGCUACCGUCAGGAACGUGUCGCGAUGCUUCUGUCACUCUUCUUUGGAGGAGUCGGCGCUGAUCAAUACUACGCUCGACACUGGCCGCUUGCUGUGUUCAAGAUGUUGACUCUAGGAGGGUUUGGGCUCUGGGCGCUUAUUGAUAUGGUCUUGUGGAUUGUUGGGGGUGUAUAUGGGACGCCUGGAUGUCCUGGUGGAGGUUCGAAUGGGUUAUCUUAG